AUGGAGGGUUCUACUGACUCAAGCACGGCUCAGCCCGUCCCCGCAAGUCCUGAUGAUAUAAUUCCAUCCACAGAAAUUGCCGGACCUGAAGAGAAUGAGCCGGGUUCACCAAACAGUCCCGAUUCACCAAUCCAAUCAUCCAGGACAGUUUCAGCCGAGCGGGAGGAAGAUGAAGAGAAUGAGUCAGACUCACCAAACAGUCUCGAUUCACCGAUCCAAUCAUCCAGAACAGUUUCAGCCGAGCGGGAGGAAGAUGAAGGGAAUGAGUCAGACUCACCAAACAGUCUCGAUUCACCGAUCCAAUCAUCCAGAACAGUUUCAGCCGAGCGGGAGGAAGAUGAAGGGAAUGAGUCAGACUCACCAAACAGUCUCGAUUCACCGAUCCAAUCAUCCAGAACAGUUUCAGCCGAGCGGGAGGAAGAUGAAGGGAAUGAGUCAGACUCACCAAACAGUCCCGAUACACCAACCCAACCAUCGAGAACAGUUCCAACCGAGCGGGAGGAAGAUGAAGUGUCUAUCGAAGAAACGCCAAGUCCCCCACCUACGGCGCCAGAGGAUGAAGAAGAAUCGACGAUGCGUCAACGCCCGAUAGUAUCAGGCCACAUUCCUCACGGAUAUCGUGGAGUUUUUUAUCAGCCCACGAUUCCCGGCCCUUAUCCAAUGUAUGCACAGCCCAUGUAUUCCUCUGCAUUCCCCCCACCUCGGUCCUUGUGCUAUAUCCAGUACAGCCCCAGUAUCGAAGCGGCAAGAAACCAGGAACGUUGGGAUUGGCAACCGCCACCAGUGAGCAGCCCACCACCGCGGCCUAGACUGGUAUCAGGAAGACAGAGGUGGUAUGACGCGGUCAAGGAGGUUGAUACCAAAGACUUCGCGCAUACCAAGACAAAGAAGGGCCAUGCGUCGUCGCCAAAGUACUAUCCCCCAGGGCCGAUUCCCUUUGCUUCCCCCACGGAUCCGAAGCCGACUCUACCCUACCUGGCACCCAGCCUAAGUUCAGGCCGCCUUCCCCCGUCCACGUAUGCGCCAAGCUAUCCUUCGAGUGGUGGACCGUCAACCAUGGCGAGGAGCGGCCAUCGGCCCUGGUCAGUGUACAGUGGUCCGUCUCUCCAUUUAAAAGGCCAUCGGCAGGAGCCAUAUGAGCCUUGGAUGUGGCGGAGGGUCGGGCCUGCACCCAUGGCGCCCAGGCAGACCUACGACGAGCAACCUCCCCGCAGAGAAGCGUCCAUAGAGAUCGAGCCUUGUGUCGAUGGACUUGGGGCUGGGCCAGCUGCACCAGAGCCGCACGAUGAUCUGCCGCCUCGUGUUGAAGAGGCAAGUGGUCCGGCUAUCUCCGCGCCCUCAAAGCCACGCGGAUCCCCCCUGCCAAAGGUGCACGUGAAAGGCCACCGGCGGGAGCCCUAUGACGCUUCGAAAAGGCCUAGGGCAGGGCCAGCACUAGCCACGGAUGAGGUGCACGACAAUCAACCUCAUCCGGUCGAAAGGACGGCAACUGAAACAUCAGUUUCUGCCGAUGAGACUAACGCAGCUCUACCUAUUCAGGAGAAGAAGCCAGCGGUAGAUAAAGGCAAAGCGGUAUGGAGGCCCGAGACAGACGGCCCGCCCGCUUGA